AUUUCAUGUAUUCCUUACUCUUAGUUCUUGGUUUGGUAGGCAUCCGAGCCAUAGAAGGUGGCCACGGCGGUCUCAUUGGUGAUGUCCGGUUCAGGGAUCUCUUCGUUCACCUUCACGUACUCCAUGUACCACUUCACCUUGGGCGUAUUUGAAGAGGCGGAUGGAACCAGCGCUCUUGCCGUCGCCUUGGACGACUUCGAUGGACUGGUACUGCUCAGGGAAGAUGUUGGGGAAGACGUCGGUGGAGCCACGGACGGCGUCCCAGAACUUGUCCGGGGAGGACUUCACCUCCACUUCCGCUUCAGUCUUGGAGAAAGAUGAGGAUCGCUAUGGGAAGAAACCAAGAUGAGGCUGUGUACAUAUAGCCGUCGCCUGCGCUCCUCUCAGUUAAAAGGCUUACCAAGUGCCUUCUGCUUCACCGGUCUUCUCUUUAUUUCCGGAUCAAAGUGCACUCGUGAUUAGAGAUCUUUCGAUCAGAAGGCCAUGUUAUGUGAUUAAAUAUGAAGAAGGCGGCCGACUCGAUCCCCUCCCUCUCGCCCUCUCCUCCGUCGGCGCCUUCCCUUCCUCGUCCGCCGCCGACGGCAGCAUUCUCUUCCUCGCCCCCACCCCCUCCGGCGCCCUCCUCCACGUCCACUCCCAGCUAUGCGACGCGGUCCGGAAGGAAGGCGUGGAGCCUCCGGAGGAGUUCCCGCCCUAUUCCUGGGUGCCCCAUUGCUCCAUUGCUCCGUUCUCCGGGAUCUCAAGCUCCCCGUCUCAGGGUAUGCCAUGGACAUCGGCUUCGGGAGAUCUUCUCCUUCCCUCUCGGCAGCCGUUCUGAAGCUUGAGGUACAUAAACAGUAGUGAGUGAUAAGGGCAACAACCAGCAGAGACUGACCGCUGCCUGGUGCCCAGAGGCAUCACCAAAAGAACAAGAACAAGGACAGGAAGCAAUCUCCCUUUAGGCAACAGGAGGGUGUGAUCACAGAGGAGGGUGUAGCUUUUGCCCCCUCAAGAACACCCCAAGUCCCAUUCCAUGCGCUGGUGAGGAGAAGAAAGCGACGAGGUUACUUCUCUAUCAGUGUUUCACCGUCUUAUGUUCUUCUUGGUAAUGUGGCCCCUCAUGACAGGAAGAAUCUCGCGCCUGUGUGUGCUGCUGCCACCUGCAGGAGAUGAUGCCUCUGUGUGCUGCUGCCACUGCACUAUAUAUUCCUGUGUUUUGAGACUCGCCUCUUCUCAUCAUCCCACUUCCUCUUUUCGUUCCUGUGAAGAGAGGAGAAGGAUGGGGAACUGCCAAGCACCGGAGGCGGUGGUGAUUCAGCACCCGGGUGGGAGGGAGGAGCAGCUUUACUGGCCGAUGAGCGCUGCGGACGUGAUGAAGAGCAACCCGGGCUACCACGUGGCCCUCGUCACGCUCUGCGUCUCCGAGGAGCGGGGGGACGGCGGCGGCGGCGUCGUCCGGUUGACGCGCGUGAGGCUGCUUAAGCCCAAGGACGUGCUCUUGCUCGGCCAAGUGUAUCGGCUGGUCACCUCCCAAGGUUCCAAUCCGCUCCUUGUAAUCCCUGCUCGCUUGCUUAGCCUUCUGAUUUGGCCUGACAGUGAACGUCCACUGAUUCUUUCGCGGACAGAGGUCACCAUGGCUCUGAGGGCGAGGAAGCAGGAGAAGCUUAACAAGUGCCAGCAGCACAGAACAAACGAUCAGGUGGCGAAGCAGGAGACGGAUCGGCAACGGAGCGGCACGCAGAUGGCAGCGAGGACCCGACAGUGGCGUCCUUCUCUGCAGAGCAUCGCAGAAGCUGCGAGCUGAGCUGUGCUAACGACGAGAAAGAGAAAGAGGUUUAUGUGGUUCUGGAUUCAUGCAAGAUGGAGAAUUGAGGUGUCAUUGUCAGAGAGACAAGAGUGAGACUGUGUGUGUGUCCUUGUAAAGAUUGAUCAGCAAAGUUCAGAAACAUGAAACUCUAAUCAAUUUUAUGAUCCUUCUGUACUUGAUUGGAUAAAGAACAGGUAAUC